GAUCCGCAUUUGCUCGGGAGGCGGAAAGGCAUGUGGAUAGAUCGAGUGCGCCGUGAGCGUCAGAUGGAGUCGGUGUUCCGAACUUCGGUUCAGCUGUUCCAACCAGAGGUAGUGAUUCUCAUGGGCGAUCUCUUUGACGAGGGAAAAUGGGCAAAGAAACCGGAGUGGGACAGUACGAUAGAGAGGUUUCAUCGUAUUUUUGCCAUGCCUGAAGGGGUACCCAUGAUCCCCAUAAUUGGCAACCACGACAUUGGUUUUCAUGAAAUGGCUCGACCGUUUCUGGUCCAGAGGUUCGAAGAGGCCUUCGGACCCGCCGUGAACAUGCGAGUGGUGAAGAACAUCACAUUCGUGUCGGUCAACUCCAUGGCCUUUGUGGACAACUGCCAAAUGUGCACAACCGCCCGCAAUCGUUUGACGAAUAUCACCUCACAGCUCAACGCCAUGCCCAAAAGGAAAAAACCGAUGCAAAAAAAAGGAAGCAAAGGCAUCGAUCUGAGUUCAGAACGGCCCAUUCUUCUGAGCCAUUUUCCUUUGUACAGGGCUAGUGAGGGCAUGUGCGUGCAACAAGACUCGCCAAGUAUCACCGCAGAGCACAUGGUAAGGGAUUGA